AAAAAAAUCCUUAUCCUAAUCCCUCCUAAAAAAGCAAGAUUUUUCUUCAUGUGUCUCUCCAUAACAUUACAGCGAAGUUCGUCUUUCUUUCCUGAAUUACUUACAAGAAGCUGUGGAAAUUUCACGCUGCGUGGGAAUUACAAGCUCGUGGCAUAUUUGUGCGUAUCUGAGUGCUGAUAAGUAUGUAUCGGCCUUUCUUUCUGGUCGAUCCAGGGCAGGUUGAUCAUCUCGAUUCUAAGGUCCGCCAAUUGAUCGGCACAACUCGGAUGGUUGCCGCCUCUCCUCGCUAACUUCAUCCCGCACUUCUCAGCAGAUGUCCUCUUUAUUUUAACUGGUG